AUGUAUUCAAUCUCGCUGAUCGAUCGUCUAAACCUGGGACUUGCGUAUGUCGCCGGAAUGAGGGAAGAUCUGCAGUUGGACGUUGGCACAAGAUACACCAUUGUUGUAAUGGUGUUCUUCGUGGCUUAUAUUAUAUUUGAGAUUCCAAGUAACAUGAUCUUACCAAAAGCUGGUGCCGCUAACUGGUUGGCGUUUCUCGGGGCUAGCUUUGGUUCUAUUAUGAUAGGAAUGGGUUUCACUAAAAACUGGGCAACCCUGGCAGUGUGUAGAGCCCUUCUUGGUACUAUGGAGGCUGGAUUCCUUCCGGGCUGCACGUACCUUAUCACUUGCUGGUACACUCGCUUCGAGGUCGGGAAACGGCUGUCUGCUUUCUGGCUCAUGUCUGUGGUCAUGAAUGGAUGUGCGGCGAUCUUCGCCUAUGCCCUAACCCAGUUAAGCGGAACGCAUGGAAUCAAUGGCUGGAGAUGGAUUUUUAUUAUUGAGGGUGCCAUCACGACCGGAGUCUGCUUGGUAGGCCGGCUUAUAAUCAUCGACUUCCCUACCAAGGCAGAAGGCUUCCUAGCCCCUGAGGAAAAGGAAUUCAUGAUAGCCAGGAUUAACAAUGACCGGGGAGAUGCCGAAGAAGACAAGCCAACCUUACCCAAGAUCCUCCACCAUCUCAAAGACUGGAAGCUAUAUUUCUGGGCAUUUAACCUGUUCGCAUCGAUGCUUCCGGCAUACGCGCUGGGAUACUUUAAAACAAUUAUCCUGGAGGGCAUGGGCUUCUCAACCAUGCUCAGUCAGCUUCUUACUGCGCCCCCGUACAUACCAGGCGCUGCAGUGGCACUCAUCUCCGGGUGGCUGUCCGAUAAAUACCACAUCCGGGGCCCCAUGAUCGCAAUCCACCAGUUGAUAACCGCAGUCGGGAUGCUUGUCACUGCGUACGGGCAGUCAAGCGGAGCUCGUUAUUUCGGAAUAUUCCUAGGCAUCGGUGCGCUGCAAUAUUGCAUCCCUGGCGUGCUUACCUUCCAGGCCAAUAACAUUGUGUCCAACUCGAAACGCGCCGUGGCGUCCGCAACAUGUUUGAUUGGUGGUGGUGUGGGAGGGAUCGUUGCAGGCGUUGUCUUCAGAUCCAGCGAAAGCCCACAAUACCCAACUGGCAUUUGGACGACGUUUGCAGUCAGCAUUGUCAGUGUUGCUUUGACGAUAAUCAUGGAUGUUUAUUUUUGGAGAGCCAACAAACGCGCGAGAGCAAGUGGUCGGCCUCUCGAGGGGCGAGAUGGGUGGUAUUACACUCUCUAG